UCAGAAAUUGAAAAGGGGAUAAGAGGAAGGAGAAAAUGCUGGGCUGGUGUGAAGCGAUCGCCCGUGACCCCCGCAGAAUCCCCAGCGACACGCCAACACCCGAAACCUCGGGGUGUGUGGCUGAUGCCUCACAAAGCUCCACACUGAAUGACAAAUCCCCAGGGAGAUCUGCAAGUCGGUCAAGUAACAUUUCAAAAGCAAGCAGCCCAACAACAGGGACAGCUCCUAGGAGCCAGUCAAGGUUGUCUGUCUGCCCAUCUACUCAGGACAUCUGCAGGAUCUGUCACUGCGAAGGGGAUGAAGAGAGCCCCCUCAUCACCCCCUGCCGCUGCACGGGCACUCUGCGCUUUGUCCACCAGUCCUGCCUCCACCAGUGGAUCAAGAGCUCAGACACCCGCUGUUGCGAGCUCUGCAAGUAUGACUUCGUAAUGGAGACCAAGCUCAAACCCCUCCGGAAGUGGGAGAAACUACAGAUGACCACAAGUGAAAGAAGGAAAAUAUUCUGCUCUGUCACAUUCCACGUCAUUGCGAUCACCUGUGUGGUAUGGUCUUUGUAUGUAUUAAUUGAUCGGACAGCGGAGGAAAUCAAGCAAGGCAAUGAUAAUGGUGUCCUCGAAUGGCCAUUUUGGACAAAACUGGUUGUGGUGGCCAUUGGCUUCACAGGAGGUCUUGUCUUCAUGUAUGUACAGUGUAAAGUCUACGUGCAGUUAUGGCGCAGGCUGAAGGCCUAUAACCGUGUGAUCUUUGUGCAAAAUUGCCCAGACACUGCCAAAAAACAGGAAAAGAACUUCUCAUGCAAUGUGAACACAGACAUUAAGGAUGCAGUGGUGGUGCCUGUAUUACAAACGGGUACAAAUUCACUGCCAUCUGCAGAGGGCAGUCCCCCUGAAGUUAUACCAGUGUGACAGAACUGGUUUGGAGCUUCUUCACUGAAGAAUAUCCUUCUAGCCCUCAGCCACUACAAAUGACAGAAGUGAUCCUGAAUUAUUCACUUUCUAUCUUCUCCUCUUUCUCCUACUGACUCAUUUCUUCAUUACUUUGCUCAAAAAGGAAAGGAGAAAAAACACCAAGUGACCAGGACCCCAUGAAGCAGAGUCUAAGGUGUGAUAUGGAAAUGCAAAAAGUUUGCUAGAGUGAUUUCUAUGACAAUUAAGAACCACUGGAUCAAGGAAUGCUUUUAGGCAGUGACAAAAGACUAAGCAGACACAGGUGUCUUUAUCGUAGCAGGGGAAAGUUUAAGAAUAUAGACUUGAAUUGCAAUGUGUAUUUCUUCUAAGGCCUUGCAAUGUUAACUGUCUCAUCUGGAAACAACAUAUUUGGUUUUAAGCUUGAAAUUGCAUCAUCCCUAAGUCUCAUCAGAAGCAGACUCGGAAGAUGCCUAUUCUGACAGUCACACCUGGACAGUGAACAGACUUUUAUGGGCAUAGUACAGUCCAGUUUUGACAGAUGCAUGUUUUUAAAAGAUGCAAUACAUAUUUGAAGAUAUUAAUAUUUGGAAUUAGGAUUAAAUCAUGAACAAAUGAUUUUCAGAGAUAUUUGGGGUUUAAUUAAGUCUGUUAAACACACAAGUUGAAAUCAGCUAUCAAAUACUGUAUUUUUUCUGCUCCCUUACAGUUUUGUCCAACAGACAUAUAAUGUGGGCCACAACUUCAGGCCACAUAUAUAAACUUAAAAUUUUCUAGUAGUCCCAUUAGAAAAAGUAAAAACAAAUAGGUAAAAUUAAUUUUGAUAAUAUAUUUUUAUUUAAUACAAUAUGCCUGUUAUUUCAAAAUGUCAUGAAUAUUAAAAAUUACUGAGCUAUUUUACAUUUUCAUGAACCAAGUCUUCAAAAUCCAGUAUGUAUUUUACCCUAACAGCAUAUCUCAAUUUGAAUUACCCAUAUCUGAUAGCACAGCCCUAAAAUUAAAGACAGAGCCUCUGCUUCAUUUAACAGUUGAAUUUAUCAGAACAGCAGCUUAAUUUAUUCUUUUAUUCAAAGUGUCACAAGUGUCAUACAAAGCACUAAAUCAAAUUAAAUAACCUGGUUGAAGAGUUAGAUAGUUACUAUUUCUCUAAAAGGUGAAAACACAAAAGUACAGAAAGAUAAAGCAAUCUGCCUGUAGUAAAGUUCUGAAAUUUACUUGUUUGCUACAAUAAGCACUUAUGACAGGGAAAAUAAAAAUCAAAUGCUCUUCUUAUUAAGCCAGAUUUGUAAGGUUUUUUUUUAGUCCACAUAAAGGGCGAUAAAACUUGACAGAUGAGUAGUUAUGAACAAGCAUUUAGACUCUGUUUUAAAAAGCUGACAGUGUUCCCCUUGCUCAGCUAGGACGCAAGAACAUUCAACAGAUUCUGUGAUGAGUAAUAAAUUGAGUUGUUCAGGUCUGACAGUUGAUUAUUGUGUUUGCAUAUUCAUGUAAAACUGAAGUGUGAAUGAUAUUGCAGUGAGCUAGAUUAAUGAUUAUAUAGUGGCCUGUUAAAGGUGUCUUACAUAAAAAAAAAAAGGUGAUUUAUUUUUGUUAGCUGUCAUAUUUAUUAUUGUGAAAAGGCAACCAUGAUGGCCGUAAUCCCAAAAUCAUGGUUUGGCAUUGCACAAAUCUGGGUAUACAAUGAUGCACUUUGUAAUUAUCAGUGUGCUUGUUCUUCACAGGUUAUUAUAGUUACAAGGAAAAAGAAAUAACCUCUUAAUGAGGAGCAAGAUGAUAUGAAUAUUAGUAGUGGCUGACAGUGAGUCCAAAUAGUCCCAAUUCCUAGAAAUAAAGAAAAGGUAAACUGUGUCAACUUUGUGAGUGGUGUGUGUUUGUGUGUUCAUGUAUAUACAUAAGAAAAAUGGUAAAGUUUUUCAGUCAGGAAACAGAAGACUUAAAACUCAUCUUUCAUAACAUUUGUAGGAGCAUGGAAUAAAGACAUAGGGAAAGCAAAAUUGAGGUAAAGGACUAAAAUUUCUGUGCAAAUAAGGACAUAAGUGGUGUAACACAAAAAUAUGAACCUUAAACUACACUUUGUAUUAAUGUGCUCUUAAAUUUCCAUUUUAAAGCUUUAAGAUAUAUUCAUGAUUAGCAAGCUAUGGGUGAUUUAACCACGGCACCUCACCCAAGGGAUUAAUCUUGACUCAAUUCUUCUGUUGAUUUUCCUAAGCAUUUUACUAAUUCUUCUUUCUUGUGGUUUAAGCAAUGGCAACAUGUUGUUUACAAAUAUUCCUGGGGGAAGAAAAUGUGUCACCUUCAAACAAAGAAAUAUUGAUUUCUUUUGUUUGCUCUGGAAGGAAAAGGAUUAUCUACCUUAAUUACCACCAAAAAUACUGCUUAAGUUCUUAACCAGCCUAAGCCAAGACAGUAAGUGCAUAAUACAUUUCACAGUGGGAGAAGACUGGCUAAAAUAAGGCCUCCUACACUUAACACUAAGAAAACAUUUCUAGAAAAGCAUUACUGCAUUAAUCAUAACAUGUAACAUGGUAUUUUAAAACCAUUCCUAAAUUCUCAAAAUUAACUUGUAUAGGCUUUGACUUUGUUAAAUGAGAAAAUAAUAUAGCUCCUUAGCAGGUUAAAAGCCAACAUUUUAUUCUGCUAUUCUUCUGACCUUUUUAAACUCUCAACUCCUAACUUCAAAUCUUUUAAAACUUUUUCCUGCAAUGGGUAUUUUAUGGUUCAAUUUGAAAUAACCACAAGCAUUUAAAACCAAACAUUAUUUCUUUUAUAUUCCAUGUGGCAAUGGUACAUUUGCCUUUUCAGUGAAAGGAUUUCACUUUGUUAAGCUUUUGUGGACUGGAUAUACCCUUCAAAAAGAAAAACUGCUCUCCAGAAUGACAUUUUUUUGAAGCAUGUUUACCCACUCAUGUAAGAGAGAAAUUGAAUUGAAACAAAGGACUAAAACUGAAGAAUGAACUUAACAGUUCUGUUAAAAACGUUGGCAUUUUGUAACCAUGAAUCUGUGGCAUUACCAAUGCCAUAAACCACAGAUAUUUAUGCUGUACACUUUUACUGUAUAGGAUCAAGGACUAAAUUGUAAAGGAAUGAAAUCCAUUUUUUUUUAAGUGAAGCCCAAAAGGCAAUUAAGCUUAAGAACACAAGCAAAAAUAAAAAAAUUCAAAAUGAAAAUGAUCCCAUCAACCUGAGAUAUAGCAAUGGAGAAAUUGAAGGAAAAUAGGCAUAUAUUGAAUCUUUAAAAAUGAAUGCCCCCCAAAUUUCAAUCUCGGAGCUGCUGUAACAUGUGAAUACAGUCCCAGAGAGAUGACCUCACUUAUGUUGUGCUAUAAAAGGUCCUUGGGCACCCUAAAACAUCUAUUUUUUGGUUGGAAAAUCAGCUCAUUAGAGCAAUGAUAUCAUUAAGACAUCGUAAUUUUCACGAGGGUGAGGUGGGGAAGAUUAUUCCAGCCACCUGACAUCGUGAAUCUUUCCUUUGCCAUGCCAACGAAUAUUUCAGAACAAAAUGAAGCUCUUAAAACUUAUUAUUACCAUUCUUGUAGUUGUUACAUAUAACUGUACAGGACUUACACUUUAAUUAAGAAAGAUGAAAACCUUUCUUUCCAUAAGUCAGCCCAAAGGUGCUAUUUACAUAUUAAUACAGCUGAAAGGAAUACUGUUAUUUUGGGCUGCAGUGUUUCCUCCACAUCUGAAAAAAGCCCAUUUGGAAAUUGGAUAUUACAUUAAAACAAAAGGAAAAACUAUUUUAACUGUGCGCAAUUUUUGAGAUUGAGCAUUUGUAAUUUUUUUGAUUUUACCUAAUUCUCUUGCAUUAACAAUUUACUGUUUUGUGAAUAAUGUGUACUAAGACAAAUUAAGGAAAAGAAAUAAUUAUCUGUGAAAGACUUUGUAUAUUAAACAAGUGACUCAAAUCUUUGUUGUGGUUUCU